AUCUAUUUAGAAUUGAACUCCCUAACGAGCUCCUCCUAUAUUCAUGCAAAGCUUGCUGGAUUUCUGGAUCCCAAUCAAUUUCAUCCAACUGUAAAACAAACUAGAGAAGAAAAAAAAAAUUGAAUCAACGAUGUGUAAACAUGACAUGAAGCAGAUAUAAUUUAUGAUUGAAUGAUGUUUCGUUUCACCCCCCCUUUUCUAUAAAUUUGACAACAACCCAUAAUAUGGUUUUGGCCCUUGUGCAACAAAAAUAAAAAAGGGGGCAGGGGGAGGGGCAGGGAGGAGGAGCAAGAAGAAGAAGAGCAUUUUGUGGGUGGAAUUGAGAAGGAGAUGGAUUAUAUAUCUGCAAAUAUUGAUUUGCAGGAACUAUACAAUGAGAUUCGAUGUCAUGCAGACACAAUUUAUAGGUUUAAUGGGGUAUGGGAAGGCCCUAACCCCCUGUCCCCAAUUGUUCCUCUCUUCCUGGUUCAAUUGACCAUCGCUGUCUUGUUCUUUCGUCUCCUCAUUGUUGCUUUAAGGCCUUUUAAUCAACCACCUUUUGUCGCCGAGAUUUUGGAAGAAUAAGGAGGUAUUCGGGUUCCAACUGACAUAAAAAAACUCAAGGGGUCAGUUUAGUGUUUUUAUUUAUUGCGUGAGUUCAACAAAUGUAUUCCCCACCAUUUCACGCAUUUUUUCUUCCCCUUAAAUUAUAUAUAUAUAUAUAUAUAUAUAUAUAUAUAUAAUAACAAUUGUUGGCCUUUGAAUUUGAAAAGUCAAUAUUACUAACCUUGCAUCACGCGUGGUGGGUAAUGGGGUAGAUUAUGUAAUAGCUAGGCGACUUGGUGAUGAUAGGUAGUUGAAAGGCCACAAUGUAACUUACAUAUAGUUAGACCUUACGACCCACUGAAGUGAUUUUUUCUUUGUUUGUUUUGGGAGGUUUCAAAUUUAUGAUGAUCCCACAAUUAAACCUCCCCCUCCCCAAGUACUUAUGGUGUGUAGGUGUAUUGUAGGGAGGGCUGCUAAUAAGUCCAUCAGCAUUUGGAAAAAUGAGUUUCUUCAAGAACUUAGUGUUUCCAGCUUACUAUAUGCAUGUGCUAGAGCCGAUGGCGCACUACGCACUAAUGUUGUACGCCUUCCUGAUGGGACUCCAGAUGGAUAUCCGAGCCAUUACCCGAUCAGGUACUCAAGCCAUGCAUGUGGCUUUUGCUGGGGUGUUUAUCCCCUUCAUUAUUGGUUCCACCUUGUACUUUGUCUCCAUCAAUGACACUAAUAAGCUCACCGGUGCCUUCUUCUGGGGUGCUGCUCUCUCUGUUACCGGUUUUCCUAUCCUUGCCCGGAUUCUUGAGAAGCAAAAGAUCCUACUCACCGAGAUUGGUAAGACUGCCUUGGCUUCUGCCUUACUCAGUGAUGUCUUUUCUUGGUUCUUCCUAGCCAUCGCAUUUGCUAUGACCGUUCCGCACACCCUAUGGAUCAUUGUCACCACCUCUGCCUUGGUCUUGCUUUCCACUUUAUAUGUUCGUCCUGCCCUUGGUUGGAUCGUUCACAAAACUCCCGUUGGCCAAGGAUACAGUGAAUACUACAUCUGUUGUAUCCUCACUGGGGUUUCCCUCAUGGGGGUGAUCACAGACGCGUGUGGCACACACCCCAUGAUAGGUGCCUUCAUCUUUGGACUUAUUAUUCCCAAUGAUAUUCUUGAGUCUUUGCUCUUGGACCGCCUCAGCGACUUUGUUCAUGGGAUCCUAAUGCCGGUUUUCUUCGUGGUGUGUGGGCUUAGAGCCAAUCUCGAUGAAAUCGGUACUUCAGUAGAUAGUUGGGUAAAAGUGGCACUAGUCAUCAUCUUUGCUUUCGGUGCCAAGAUUGUUGGUGCUGUGGCUGUCUUUUUCUUACAUGACUUACAACCUAGCCAAGCUGUUGCUGUUGGAAUCCUCACCAACACCAAGAGCACUGUUGCUUUAAUCAUUCUUGAAGUUGGACUCACCCAAGGCAGGGUGGAGCAUCAAGCUUUGUCAACAAAAAGUUACACACUAAUGAUGGUUGCCAUUCUUGUGAUGACAAUGGUGGUAACACCAGCGAUAAGCUUGUACCGUCCCUCCAAGAAUCAGAUCCCUUACAAGCGGAGGACCAUUCAGAAGGCCAAAUCUGAUGAAGAGUUACGAGUUCUGGCUUGUAUCUACGACACCAAAAAUGUCCCUUCCAUCAUCAACCUCCUUGAUGUUUCCAAUUCCACUCAGAGAUCUCCCAUCAGCAUCUUUGUUCUUCACUUAAUUGAGCUCACCGGUCGAGCCUCCGCCAUGCUCGUUAUACAUACAUCCAAUAGAUCAGGGCCACGAAAUAAUCUAAGCUACGUAGAAGCUCAAACAGAUCAAAUUGCAUCUGCAUUUGACAAUUUUGAGCUUCGAUCCGAGGGCCUUCACACUCAGGUACUUGCUGCGAGGUCACCUUAUGCAACCAUGGAUGAAGAUAUAUGCAGCAUUGCCAAUGACAAACGAGCAACCAUCAUUAUCCUCCCAUUCAACCGACAGCAAUCCCAACAGGACAAGGACAUGGAGGACCUGAAUCCUUCAGCCGAGCAAAACGUCAACGAGAGUGUGAUGGCGAAUGCCCCUUGUACGGUUGGCAUUCUCGUUGAUAGGGGAGGGUUCUCCGAUCCUACAAAUCAAAUCCACGAUAGGAAGAUUGCAAUGUUAUUCUUCGGAGGACCGGAUGAUAGGGAGGCAUUGGCUUAUGCGUGGCGCAUGGCAGAACAUCCAGAUACUGAGUUAAGAGUCCUACGGUUCAUUCCAAGUCAAGAACUCAACAUGGGAGGAGAAGGAGGAGAGUUCAUAGAGAAAGACAAUGAAUUCAACAUAGAAGUGGAUACCAAAAGAGACCAAGCCGUGGAUGAUGACUUCUUGAACAAGUUCAGGGUUUCCACAGUGAAUGACAGCUCAGUUAGGUAUGUGGAACUUGUGUUGAACGACGAAGAAGAAGCCGUCAAGGCGAUAAAAGAUAUGGAUCACGAAGAUCAUGACCUCUACAUUGUGGGUAAAGGGCGAGGGGUGAUUUCGCCACUCACUGCAGGACUCACUGACUGGUGUGAUUGCCCCGAGUUAGGCCCAAUUGGGGACCUCUUGGUUACCUCAGAGUUUGAAUCUACAUUUUCUGUUUUGGUGGUGCAACAGUAUCUCAAGUCGUCAACAUCAUCAACUUCAUCCAUGGAUGAUAACAUGUUCGGAUCCACAGACUCUGUUAGUCAGAGGAAGAAUGAGGCUGAUUUCAAGAACUCUGCCUCAGAAAGUGAAACAGUUGAGCCAUUUGCCAGUUUUAGGAAGAGGGAUCCUUAUAAUUCAACUUAGCACAUUUUCCAUGUUUUCUGUGGAGUGACUACUUAUAAGAAAGUCUUCGUUAUUAAUAUCUUGAUUAAGUUAACAAUUUAUAUUUGGAAGGUCAGAUUUUUACUCCUGGAGAAAAAAUUCACCCAACUCAUAGUUUGAUG